AGUACUGCAAUUGCGGCCCUUUUAGACUAUUGGUAUAUAUGUUUGCUGCGAUUUGUGGCUGUACUCCCUUGGUCGCGCUUCGUUCCAACCACUCAUCUUUCCUCCAGUAAGCAGUAGUCGGGACACUGCAGUCUAACGCGUCCAUCUACGCACACAUAUAUAUUAUACGCAGCUCGAAAUUCACCUCAUCUUUAGUUUUCCAACACUCCUCCGUGUUCUUUCAACACUUCUUGACGACAUACAAUGGAUAGGUUAGCGGCAAUGAGAUCCCAGCAACAGGGCGGUAAUUCAUACGGCUCUGGUUACCAAAGACAACAAAAUCCAUAUGCCAGGCAAGACGACCAUGGGUACGAGAUGGCUGACGUGAGGGACAGCUCAACAAACCUGAAUGCAGGAGGCGACAGUAUGUCAGAUUUUUAUUCCGAGAUUUCAUCAAUUCAAGACACCAUCAAGACUUUCAACGCCAACGUUUCUCGCAUUGACGAGUUGCACUCUCGUUCACUGAACAACACAGAUGAUGCCGCGAUGCAACGCAAUGCCUCUCAGCUACAAGAGCUCGUGGAGGAUACCAGCGCCCUGAGUGCAACACUCAAGCGUCGUGUAAAGGACUUGGAGAGGCAGGGAGGCAGUGGGCGUGACGGCCAGAUUCGCAAACAACAAACUGCUCUCGUCAAGUCCAAGUUCAUUGAUGCCAUCCAGUCCUACCAGACUGUUGAGCAGCAGUACCGCCAAAAGUACAAGCAGCGAAUGGAGAGACAGUUCAAGAUUGUUAACCCGGACGCUACCCCUGAAGAAGUUCGGGCCGUCGUGAACGACGAAAACGGGGGGCAAAUAUUCAGCCAAGCUUUGAUGAACUCCAACCGAUACGGUGAAUCAAGGGCAGCAUACCGGGAAGUACAAGAGCGACACCAAGAUAUUAAGCGUAUCGAGCAAACCAUUUCAGAGCUUGCUCAGCUCUUCAACGAUAUGAGCAUGUUGGUAGAACAGCAAGACGAAACUAUCAACACGAUUCAAGCAUCAGCAGAAGUGGUCGAGAAAGACACGGAAGCCGGCCUCCAGCAUACAGGAAAAGCUGUCAACUCUGCUCGCUCAGCCCGCAAAAAGCGAUGGAUUUGCUUCUUCCUCGUACUCCUCAUCAUCAUAAUCAUUGCCAUUAUCGUGGUGGUGGUCGUCAAGGGCAAUAAAUAGUACCAAGUAAACGUCUGUUUGUGAUUCAUCUGCGCCUUGUUAUCUCAUGCUUAUUCCACCACCUUACUUAAUAACCUAACUGGUUGCUCACGCUCUUUUUUUUACUACAUCUAUCUCUUCUAUCAGUUUAUUGGACAUUGGGUUCACCCUGUGGUUUUUAUUAUAACAGUUUUGACAUAGACAUUUUGAAAGGCAGACCAUUAGCUCUACUGACCCCUAGACAUAAGUGGGGCCUCAGGUCUUAUUAUCACGAAUGCGACACGCAAAAGUCCAACACGCUAUCUUGACGGGACUGGUUCUCCUUCACUCAGGGAAGGCUAGCUAUGAGGUCUUGUCACAUACCAUAAUAGCAAACUAGUGACACGUUGGACAACUUGGACGUUGUGGAC